AAAUGAAAAGUUGUAUCUGUUAAUAUUAUUUAAUGGACCUGAGCUAGCAUGAGCUAAAAAUGAACUGUUGCAUUGUUAUGCACAACAUUAUUAUGCACGAUUGAAAAUAAAAUGAACAAUAGGAGAUGCUCUUUCUAUGAUUUUAUUUAUUUUUCUGUGGUCACACAUGACUUCUCUCUUUAAAGUAACUGCGGAGGCGGAAACAGUAAUGAUGUUGCCAUGCGCUCUUACUAGACCGUCUCAUUCUAGCGUUUAAUGUCGAAGAGGAAUCUAAACAUCUACUUUAGAAGGACUUCUCUAGGCAGGAGGCAUCCUUACUAGUAUGUGUCCUUGCGUUUGUUUCGAACCAAUCCAGAUGCAGCAGUUUUGAGAGCUACGUCACAAAGACUGCAUCGCAGAACAUACCGUGUAGCUGGCCCAAACUCUCUUUGGCACCUGGAUGGUUAUCAUAAACUCAUAAGGUGGCGUAUUGUUAUUCAUGGAGCAAUUGAUGGCUACAGUCGGCUUGUGGUUUUCCUUGUUGCAUCCAACAACAAUCGCAGUUGUACAGUCAUGCAACAUUUCAACACAGCAGUCACCCGGUAUGGUGUGCCGUCACAAGUGCGUUGUGAUUAUGGUGGAGAGAACGUUGAUGUGUGCCUCUUCAUGAACGUCUUCCAUGGAAUGCGCACCAGGAGUGUUCUCAGAGGUCAGAGUACACACAACCAAAGGAUCGAGAGGUUUUGGCGUGAUCUUUGGUCUGGCAUUAUCAGUGUUUACCAUGACCUCUUUACAUUCCUGGAGUCAGAAAGCAUCAUUGAUCCUGCCAAUGAACUACAUAUAUGGGCUUUGCACUAUGUGUAUCUUCCAAGAAUAAAUCGGGAUCUCAGAGUUUUCUGUCAUCGCUGGAAUAAUCAUGGACUGCGCACAGAGAGAUUUAGCACUCCAGUACAGCUGUUUGUCAGAGCAUGCCUGCGGUUACAGAACAGACCCUUGAGAGCCAUUCAGGGUGUAUUUGAAGGACCAUUCACUACCCCAGAACUUCAAGGUGGUGUUCUACCACAGGGGCCAGAUCCACCAAUGGCACAAGAAAGGGAUACGCCUGAGUACCAUAAUGCUGAGCCUUUAUGGAGAGAGGACAUUCAUGUGCCUGAAAGUCUGCUCGAUCUUAAUGAAGGUCAUGUUCAUCAACUCCAAAGCUUGGUGGAUCCUCUGGAUGUCUCCAGGGAUAGCAUGGGUGUUGACUUUCUUCAGAUGACCAUUAUGUUCCUGCAGUCUGUGGUUCACCCUUAGACACUGGUUGCGAGAGUUCAGAAAUGAGACAAAUCCAAGGCCGAGGAGGAGGGUAACCAAUCCCCCGCGGACAUUAAGGAUACGCUUGGGAUGCAUAGACGAGGGAACCAAUCGACCAGUUACUCGACAGAGCCAGUGUAUUGUUAGUCUGUAUGUGCCUUUGGACCAGACAGAGGAGGACUUUGUCAAUGAAAUAAGACGUGUUUUCCCAAGCCUUGGUGAUAGGCCAAUCGAGCUCUGUCGGAUGGAUGCCCACCACAACAUCAUCAUCCUGAAUUUGCCUGGCAUCACACCACGUGACAUAAAAGAAUGCCUUGAAUUGAAUAGGUCUGCAGUUUAUGUCAGAAUCAAGGGUGAGGAACAAACUCCUGUUACCGUGCACAGCCAUCCACCUUCACCUGAAAUGUCAAAUCCCCCUCCCUCUACGAGGCUGAGAUUGUCAGACUCUCUGUCAUCUAACAACAACCGGGUGCCCCCCAUAGUAGAAAGACAUGUCUCCCCAUCACCAGGAAGGAUAACAUUAAACAUUCCACAGCAAAUUAGAACUAGGUCAACCAGAUUGUCUCAUCGGCUGCAAAAUGAUGUCAGUGAUGAGGAUUCAGACUGUAUGUUUGUGGAGCGAGCACAACUGGCAGAGAGCAGAGGGCAGAAUCCAGAGGUGUCAUCUUGUGAACGGAUAGGGGAAACUGUAGAACAGACGCGAGAGCUAAGGAGAAGCCAGGACGAAGAAUACAUGGAGGCCCUCAACAGAGACCGGCAAAGGGACCAGGAGCGGGAAGCACAGCGGUUGGCUUUGGAGCGUUUAGAGGAAAAUUCAAGGAUGAUGGAAGAGAGGAGAUUGAAUGCCUUGCUGGAAAGACGCAGCCGUCUUUGUCCUGAACCUAUUAAUGGCUUCACAAUCCAGCUCAAAUAUCAUGAUGGUUCCAGAAGGUCAAGGCGGUUCCUACCUAUAGACUCAUUGCAGAAUCUUAUGGAUUACGCUGGCAAUGAUGAUUCGGCCAGUGAAAUAUUCUGGUUGAGUAUGCCAAGUGCGGGCACACGGCUGUCAAGCACUAUGACUGGAACCCUUGAACAACACAACUUGACCAUACCUUGCACAUUAUUUGUUCAGUGGUUGGAAGGAGAGGAGGUGAAAGAAAUCCUUAUGAACGUCACAAAUCCUGAACCUUAUAUGGAGGAAAGGCCAGAGGAGGACCAUAUUGACCAAAUAGACUACAACAGGCAGCAUGUCAUAGAGAUACUCGCAGAGCUCACCAACAAAAUUAAUACAGAGAACCGUUACUCGUCAAAUAUGAUUAAUGCCUGUAGAGAUGACAUUUAUGGCUCUGCACGACGUGCAUUCUCUAGACGGCUGUUUGACCCAAAUAAGCCACUGGGAGUCGUGUUUAUGGAUCUUGGCAAUAACCCAGAAGGGGCAGUGGAUGAAGGUGGCCCAACAAGGGAAUUUUGUCGUCUACUGAUGAAGGAUAUACAGAGCAGGAGUCUGUUCGAAGGGCCAGAUAAUUCAAAGUUACUGGCCUUGGAUAGCCAUGCUCUCUCAAAAGGGUAUUACAAAUCGCUCGGAAAAAUGAUCAGUAUUUGCUUGAUCCAUGGUGGUGUUGCACCCCACUUCUUUGCCCCACGACUGUUCAGUCUGGUUGUGGGAGAGGCUACAGAAGAUGUGGACCUAACAGAAAUAGUUGAUGAAGGGUUCAGAUGCCAGCUGCAGAAGAUCCAAAAUGCCAUAACCAUUGAGGAAACCAGGGAGGCUUUAGAAGAGGCUUCAAACAGCCUUUCUCUCCUUGGCUCAUUAAACAUCCAGUGUCGGACUCUUGAAGACAGAGAGACAGUUGUCCAGUGUGCAGCCAAGUUUUACCUGGAGGGGCGACUUAAUGCUGCAAUAGAACAGUUUGUGGAUGGUCUUGGAUGUUUAGGUUUGCAUGCUGCAAUGAAGGCAAAUUCUAAGCAUCUGCGGUAUCUGUUCCUGGCCAAAGAGGACCCACUGACUGCCAAGCACCUCAUUGAUGUCUUUACCCCACAGUUUGCAGAGGAGGGAAGCAACCGCAGUCACAAUGAAAUAAAAACCUAUGCCUGGUUCCGUGACUUCUUGCUAGAUGUGGAAGAUGGACAAAUGCAGGUGGACCAGAGUAAAAACCUUACUCUUCAAGAGGUCUUGGCCUUUGCUUCUGGGCUGGAGGAGUUGCCCCCACUGGGAUUUAAGAACCAGCCAGUCAUUAUCUUUAUACACAUAGGCCGUAAAUUCCCAGAAGCUAACACAUGUGACGUAGUUCUCCGUCUGCCGAUACAUAGGAGUUAUGAGGAGUUCUGCAACCACAUGUGCAGCGGGAUAUUGCAGGCUACCGAGUUUGGGAUGACCUAAACCACGUAACGGUGUUUGUUGUAAUUUUUACCGUUUUUACAUUUGUUUGAAAUCAGCCAGACCCAGUUUUAAUUUGGUGGUUCAUAGCACAGCCAGUUACCCAGAGCCGUCCACUCUUGUUCUAUAUCUUUUGCUGUUGAUUCACUUUCUGUGCUGCGAGUAAUUUUGUUGAUUGUCCUCUGCCUUCCAAUGCAAACAAGCCAAAAUGUUGUGGCACAUGUUCAGAGGGUCACACAUUAAAUCUUUGAAGGGGCAUUUGUUAAUUAUUUUGCAACUCAAAAUAAAUUCCUGAUAAGCUAUUGUCAUGAAUCUUAUUUCAGACGAAGACAUUUUUGUUGUGGGUACAUAUAGCAAUUUUCACCAUUUACAUUUAGCAGAUGCUUUUAUCCAAAGCCACUUACAGAUGAAAUAUUUACAUUACUUACAUUUAGAAAAAUUGUCUUAAUACAUAGGGGUGAAUCAAAGUGAAGAAAGGAAAGAGCAAGAACACAGAUUAAAGGUCUUUGCACAUACAGUCCGAAAUUUUCGUAAGCGUUUUUCGUAUUUGGCUCUUGUUUGUACGGUGUCUCUGAAUUGUUAUAAAAGUCCACUCAAAAUGCUUGACGGAUGCGAAAAACGCAUAAAAUAGAACCCGGUCCGAAUUUUUUAAUGAAUUUUUUUACUUAUUUAUUGUAUACUAUUUUAUUUUGUAACUAUAGUCAUUUGAUAAACUGUAGUAAAUACUGUUGUAUACUUUAAUAUUUCCCAUAGUAAGACUUAUAAACACUAUUUAGGCCUGGUUACACGGACAGGGUUUAGCUUAAGCCAGUUCAAAACGUCUGUUUAAAGAACGAAGCACUUGCCUUUAUGAACAACUCGCAGCAUUGUCGGCUCUUCAAUCGUUCUAAACACCGAUUCAUUUCGAAAAGAAUCCUUU